AUGGCGGAGGACCACAACUGGGAUGCUGAUGAAAGAAGAAGUCGCUGGUUGCGAGAUUUGUUGGGAAAGAGUGAAGAUGAAUCAAUCACGCCAGAAGUACAGGUUGCUGCAAUUCGUGCGCUUAUUAUGGAAUGCCAAAAAAGAGGAGUGGAACAAGUCUUGAAACGUACACGGAAACCACUGAAACGGUGGAAGCACAUCGCUUGGGUCGUUGGCAUCCUUAAGAUUGUAUGUGCCGUCGUAAUUACAAUCAAAGUAGUGAGAAUUCGAUAUGACUACAGCCUGAUUAUCACAAACUCCUUAGACAGUCUCAUUCUGAAAAUGAUUACUCACUGUUACAGUGUUUACCAGGUAUUGUUCAAGUUAACCGACGAUUCUCCGCGCGCACUUCGCGUGCAUAUCAUGCAUGGAACGCGUCUUGUUGCUGCGUGA